UCACUGCAAUAAUUCAACGACCUCAUUAUCAGGUUAUAUGCGGCAUGUUACAAAACCAACGUUUUGCAACAGGAGAUCAGCUGUGUUUUUGAACGAACUACAAGAUGUCAACUAUUUGUGCCGUUCACCGAGCUUUGCUAACUGGCCGGAAUGCCUUUCACACAGGAAAAACUAGACCAAGAAUGAGCAAUUUGGUGCCACAAUUGUUUUCAUGUUUCAAAACUGUCAACCAGAGGAAUGUUCAUUCUAUAGUAAGAACGGCAGCCCCACUACGAUUAACAGCUAAAAGUAUGACUGGUCGAUCAUGUCAGCUACUGACAGGGAUACGAAAAUCAGCCACUCAGGCUACAACACCUGCUCUUCCUGCAUACACACAGAAGGCCAUUGGCUGGUGGCUGGUCGGUUGCUCAGGAAUGGUUUUUGGGACUGUUGUGCUUGGAGGUGUUACAAGACUAACAGAAUCUGGUCUAUCCAUGGUUGAUUGGAAACUUUUCAAAGACAUGAAGCCGCCUGGGAGCCAGGAGGAGUGGGUGGCAGAGUUUGAACGAUACAAACAAUUCCCAGAAUACAAAUAUGUGAACCAGCAAAGGGAGAUGACUCUGUCUGACUUCAAGUUCAUAUUUUACAUGGAGUAUGCACACCGUAUGAUGGGUCGCAUGGUAGGGCUGACUUUCCUCCUGCCAGCAGCUUUCUUCCUUACGAAGGGGUGGGUGUCAAAGGCUAUGAAACCAAGACUGGCAAUCUAUACAGCUCUCAUAGGAUUCCAGGGAUUCCUCGGCUGGUAUAUGGUGAAGAGUGGAUUAAAAGAGCAGCCCAAACCUACAGAUGUUCCACGGGUCAGUCAAUACAGACUUGCCAGCCACUUGGGUUCAGCUUUCCUGCUGUAUUCUUUGUUUUUGUACCAGGCCCUUAAUCAUCUCCUUCCAGCUAACAAGUUACCAGACACCCAUCUAAAGCAGAUCAGCAGACUAAGAGGAAUGUCACAUGGAGUCCUAUCUGCUGUAUUUAUAACUGCCCUGUCAGGUGCCUUUGUUGCUGGUCUGGACGCUGGUCUCGUGUACAACUCAUGGCCCAAAAUGGCAGACAGAUGGAUUCCCUCAGAUCUUCUCAGUCAGUAUCCAGCCUGGAAAAACUUUUUCGAAAAUCCAACAACUGUCCAGUUUGAUCAUAGGUGUCUGGCUCACAGCACUGUAGCAGUGAUCUGUGGUUUCUGGUGGAUGUGCAGAAAGGCACCGCUUCCCCCCAGGGCUAGACUUGCUUGUAACUGUCUCCUGGGAAUGGCCUUUGUACAGGCGUCACUGGGAAUAUCAACACUGCUGAUGUAUGUUCCAACUCACCUAGCAGCCACCCACCAGUCGGGAUCAUUGGUUCUGCUCAGUUUCGCCAUCUGGGUGGCCCACGAACUUAAGCGAAUGCCUAAGUGACAUUAAAAAUGAACCAAAAAUUCAUCUUAAAAAUUUCACGAGUGUGUGGUACUUACAAUCAGUGAUGGAUCAUAAUGGAAGAACCUCUUUAGUAGUGUAGGGCCUCUUGUGAUGGCCAAUCAAAGUACUUCAGUCAUUUUGGAGUGAAUUCUUUCUGGAAUAUUGAGGAUCAGCUACAGAUGUUUAACUUGGAUAGACAAAAGAAUAGCUACUUUAUUUUGUUUGUGAUUGAGUUGACAAUGCUUUUAGCAUUUCAAGCAAUGUUCAAAUGAAAAUGUCAUUGUACAGCAGAAACAAGCCAGUGUGUGAGAAGUGUUUCAGAAAUUAUGAAACAGAAUUUAUAUGUCUGUUAUCGUUAUAUUUAUUGAUGAAAGAUCUAGGAGAUUAUACAGAUAUUGAAGCUGCCAAUUUAAAGAAACAGCAUGCAGUGGAAAAAAUAUCAGAGUGUUAUUGAGGAAUCUUUGUAUCUGUGAUGAUUACAUGUAAAAGUCUUAUUGCUAAUGACAGACUAUUAAUUACCGGGUAUACUUUUGUACAUGUGUACCUGAACCCAAUGGCAUAAGGGCCUGAGGGCUAGGGCUUGAAGGAGAGAGAUUCCUAAAUAGUUUAAACAUUUUCUUCUUAACCCUGAAAAUCAGUAAUGCUCUACCUUUUUCAUUGUAUGUAAAUUGAAUGGUCCUAAGAUGCUUUAUCAGAUUUAUAAUCUUCUUAUUUCUUUUUGUACUGAAUGUAUUUAGUUGCUCUAUUACAUGUAUAGCUGUGAUGAUCAUGCAUGUAUUUAUAAAUUAUGGAUUUGAUAUAUAAACAAUUUAAAACAAC